UUUAUAUUCAUUUGAGUCAACCGCACCGUUAGGAAAACUGGCCAUGGCUUCCAGCGAGUGGAUUCAUCAACUCACGUGGUUGCCUGCUGCCUUAUCCAAAGAGCCGUUGCAAAUUGGAAAGGUGGUAUUCGUGGUCACCGACAGGAACAAUGAAAAACUAUCUGCGUAUCAGGCCCAACUUGCCCACGAGGGUUAUGCCACGGUCGUUACCUGUGAUACUACGAACAUCAGCCCCUCCCUGACGCCAGAUUCGAUAGUGGUGCAUAUCCCGCCCGCAGCUGAGAAUAAAAGUAGCGUAUACGAGGCCGCAACCCAGGCGUGCACCGCCUUGGUUCAGAUCGCGCAGCAGCUUUACCGGUGCAGCGUGUCCACCAAUGCCAAGACAGUAAAGCUCUUCUCAGUCAUCUCGAAGGACUUUGACACAGGCGACCUAGGGUAUGCUCCUCUACAUGGGUUGGCGCGAGUGUUGAAAAUGGAAAUCCCACACAUUUUUGGUGGCCUAUUCGAGGAUGACGUUGGGCUCUUUCCGUUGUCGGCAGUCAAGUACGCACAGGGCUUCGACGUUGUCAGAGUCUGCAGGGGUGAAGCGCAGACUGCUUGCUUGCAGCCAUUCCCAGACGAGAUCAACCACCAGAGGGGCCUUUAUCUCGAUUCUCACAGCACCUAUCUGAUCACAGGCGGAACCGGAGGUGUUGGUCUGGCAAUAGCAACUUGGAUGGCGCGGCGGGGGGCCAAGCACAUUAUUCUUGUGUCUCGCCGUGGCCUCAAGCCAAUUGGCGGGAGGAACAUUGCUGAAGCCACUGGCCAGGAGCCCAUCUCGCCGAUUGCUGGACUCGAGGCGCUGGGCGUCUCAGUAUAUGUCCUGGCCGUUGAUCUCAGUAAACCCAAUGCAAGCUCCAUACUAAGUCAAGCAAUCAACAACUUGUCCAGCCCGCCAAUAAAGGGGGUUGUUCAUGCAGCCGGCACCGCGGGAUAUCACACGCUGGCAAGUUGCACCUCUUCAGACAUAGCGGAUGUGCUAGCCCCCAAAAUAAUUGGCGGCUUGACCCUCGAUACACUUUUCGCACCCGGGACCCUGGACUUCUUCGUCUUCACAUCAUCGAUAGGGCAGCUUGUGGGGUUUCCGGGACAGCUGUCAUAUGCCUCUGCGAAUGCUUUCUUAGAUGCGCUGGCUGCGUACCGAAGACGCCAAGGCGAUAACAGCACGUCCAUCCUCUGGACCGGUUGGCGUGGGGUAGGCUUAUGGGAUCAGAGCAAGACAGCGAUGCGGAUGCUUAACAAGGCGUUACAGGCCAGGGGCAUUACAGACAUAACCCCGGAUGAGGCACUUGCAGCGUGGGAUAAAAUUGCAAGCUUCAAGACUGACCACGCGGUGGUGGUGCGCGCAUUGGAGCUGGAUGCCGACGAGCCCCUGCGGCAUCCUAUACUCAAGGAAAUUACGCCACGCAAGCGGGUGAAGCAAACUGCCUCGCUAGAAUACAAAGCCUACCCUGGGCAUGCAGUAGCGGUGAUAGGCAUGGCUUGCCGGACAGCUGCUGGAGACACAGAAGAUGACCUCUGGGAGGCCAUUCAAGCAGGCAAGAGCAUGGUGUGCGAGAUAGAUGAGAAGAGGUUCCCCAAUGGAGUUCCGAAUGGGAAGACAUGGGGAUGCUUUAUGUCCGAUAUCGAAUCGUUCGACCACCAAUUCUUCCAGAGAUCCAAGCGUGAUGCAACCGCCUCAGACCCCCAUCAACGCGUGCUGCUCGAAACCACGUAUCAUGCACUCGAGUCAGCUGGUUGCUUUGGCCCAGGCCAGCAGACAUCAGAGGCUCACGGUCCAAACAGCCACAGAACUGGCUGCUUCAUAGGCAUGGGCUCACCUGACCACAUCUUGCAUCAAGCGUGCCAUCCGCUUUCCCCAUAUGCGGCAUUAGGUCUGAUGCGUUCAUUAAUGGCCGGCCGCCUAAGCCAUUACUUUGGCUGGACGGGCCCCUCGCAGACCAUUGAUACGGCAUGCUCGUCUGCCAUGGUGGCGAUUCAUCAAGCGUGCCGUGCUAUCCAGACCGGUGAGUGCACGCGUGCUGUGGCAGGAGGCAUCAACCUACUACUGAACAUGGUUAGCUAUGAUGCAUUGCGCACAGGUGGAUUUAUCAGCCCAUCUGGAGGAUGUAAGACAUUUGACGCACUGGCUGAUGGAUACUGCCGUGGGGAGGCGGUUGGUGUUGUGAUUCUAAAGCCUCUGGCACGGGCAAUACAAGAUGAAGAUAAUAUCCAUGGUAUGGCAUUGUACAGGGAGGCGCUGGAUCGCGCUGGAGUCAAUCCAGAAGAUGUGUCAUAUGUCGAGGCUCAUGGCACGGGCACGCGUGCUGGGGACCCUGUCGAAGUACAGGGCAUCCGAGAGGUAUUCGGCGGGAAGGAUAGACAUUCAAUAUUGCAUGUUGGCGCGGUGAAAGCCAACGUCGGCCAUACAGAAGGGGCCUCAGGCGUAAUAUCUCUAAUCAAGGUUCUACUCAUGAUGAAGCACGGCAAAAUCCCCGGACAGGUCCAACUUCGGGAGUUGAAUCCGAAAAUUCCAGCACUUGAACCUGAUCGGAUGGCUAUUCCUACUUCGAUGAUGGAGUGGAGAGAUAAUUUGCGCUUGGCUGUGGUCAACAAUUAUGGAGCUUCAGGCAGUAAUGCUACUGCCGUCGUUGCGCCUCCUCCUCAGCGGUCAUCACUGUUGCCGACCAUCCCUUCCGCCUCUACCUGGCCCAUAUUCAUUUCGGCUUCUUCGAGGGCCAGCUUGUUGGAGUAUUGCGACGUAUUGAGUAGCCGAAUCGCACAGGAGUCCUCUACUCUUGAAUUGCUUCCUCGACUGGCUUUCAGUUUGGCAACCAAGCAAAAUCGACAUCUACGGCAUGUUUUCUGUACCACAGCCACGUCGUUGAGCAAUUUUCAGGCUCAGCUUUCCGAUCCUGGGAAGUACAUCGUUACCUCAUCAGAGCCGAAACCCAUCGUGCUUCUUUUCAGUGGACAGAAUGGUGAUACAGUUCCUUCAGCAGGGCAAUUGUAUGACAGUAGCCUGUUAUUCCGAAUGCACCUGCACCGAUGUGAGGAUGUGAUGCAAUCGCUUGGCCUCCCCAGCCUGUACCCGGCUGUCCUUCAGGGGAUCCAGAGUGGUGCUGAUCUCGUCCUCCGGCACAGUAGCAUGUUUGCCAUUCAGUACUCUUGUGGAAUGUCAUGGGUUGACUCUGGGGUAAAGCCUCAGGCGAUUUGCGGCCACUCAUUUGGCGAGUGGGCCGCCCUCACGGUUUCGGGGGCCAUGACACUCGAAGCCGCCAUAAAAUUAGUAGCUGGGUAUGUCUUCCUUGCCUCAUCUCGCCAACCGGAAUGUGCAAGACGAGCAGCUAUUAUCAAGAAGCUCUGGGGAGACGACGUCGGAUCCAUGAUAGCCAUCGAAGCUGACCUCGGCAAGACUAACACAACGCCAGGAGAGCAUUUAGAGCCGUUCCACGACACACAUCCAGAAGCGAAGCUAGAGAUUGCGUGUUAUAAUGGGCCUAGCAACUACGUUGUUGCUGGGCGCACCCAACAAAUCGAUCUCCUUGAAUCACAUCUGAUCGAGAGAAAGGCCAGCGGUGAAAAUCUGCGUUUCAAGGUGUUGAGGGGCAUGCACGCGUAUCAUUCCAGUAUGGCCGACUCAAUCGUCGACGAGAGCGCCAAGCUAUCGGCUUCCAUACCGUUUCAGGAGCCAAAACUUCCCUUCGAAUCUUGUCAUGAAGAGUCCUGGACAGGGCCUGGGUCCAACGUCAUCGCCCGCAACACUCGUCAGCCCGUGUAUUUCGACCAAGCUAUGGGGCGCAUUGUCAAACGUCUAGGCGCCUGUACAUUCCUAGAAGCAGGCAUAAAUGGACCCAUAGUUACCAUGGCACGGAAUGCGCUGCCACGGACCUCAGACGAAGCUUCGCACACCUUCGUGGCCAUUAGUGGAAAAGACUCUGUGCGAUCCGUGGGUGAGGCAACGGCAACACUAUGGAAAACCGGGCAGACAAACGUACAGUAUUGGCUGUUCCAUCACAGCCAGCGAACAAGCUAUGUACCCAUGUCCCUACCACCCUACCGGUUUGCAAAGCAUAAACACUGGAUGGAGUACACCGGUCUCGCAAAUGGUGGCAAUCAGAGGACCCCUGGACAUGUACCAGAGCGCCCUGCAGUCUGUCUGCACUGCCGUAAAGAGACUACUGACAUUCCUUGCAUAAGGCAAGACGAUAUCCAGGGUCGAUAUCCGAACAAAUCAAGCUUCACGAUCGACACGCACAGCAGGCGCUACCAAGAUCUCGUCAAGGGCCACAUCGUGCUGGGCACACCAUUAUGUCCAGCGGCAGCAUACUUGGAGUUUGCAGCACAUGCCGUCGCCUUAUUGCUGAACACACAGGUGACGCCCAGUAUCGUAGUAGAAGUGAUAAAAUUCAAGGAGCCCUUGAGUAUGGACUUGGAUCGUUCCGUCAAGCUGAUGUUAACGAGCAAAGGAGAUCAUAAGUGGGAGUUUGAAUUCUCCUCUACAAAGAGUGAGAGGGAAACCUUGCAUGCUACCGGCAGCAUUUCGCUCAGCCAUGGGAGCAGUGGAAGCAUUGAGACGGAAGCGAGAGACAAAUGGGCCCGCAUAAAGAACCUACUUGAGGAAGACCCAGAUGUUGACGCUUUGCGUGGCACAAUGAUAUAUAAGGUGUAUGGUGAUAUGAUAAAGCACGCAGCCGCUUACCGUGGCUUGCGGCACUUGGCCGUGAAGGGGACUGAAGGCGCAGGAGACGUCGCCGUACCAAUGAACGACAUCAAUGCCAUGGGCAAAACACCCAAUGACAACAUUGUCGAUUCCUUCGUCAUGAACAAUUUCCUCGAGGUCCCAGGCGCAUUCGUUGCCUCUCUGCACAUCUUCGGUCAGGUCGACAGUAAACGCAAGGCUUUCAUCUGCACGGGCAUGGGAGCCGUCGGCCCCUUGAAUAAACUCCCACACAGCGGAACAUACAAGGUAUAUACGCAGAUUGUCCGAGAAAGCUGCAACAAUACGGUGCUAGACGUGUUCGCGUUCGACACACAGACAAUGGAGCUCAUCUUGUCUGCCAAGGAGAUCACAUUUUCGAAAGUGUCCCGCGGCCCACUAGCCAAAGUCUUAGUGGGAGCGAAUACCAGUACGACGGCUAGCGAUCCUGCAACUCAAUCGCAGGACGCUGAAAGUUUUGUGUCUGAGACAGCCUCCGACUCGACUCCUGCUACAGAUCUUAGUAAUGCCAAUGGGGCUCAAGAAGAUUCACCUGAUGCGUUUCACGGCAUCCAAGAGAUACUAAGUAGGACAUUGGACCUCCCUGUCGGUGAAAUUACCAAACAGGCAUCACUUGAGGAGCUCGGUGUGGACUCGUUGAUUAGCUCAGAAAUUCUGGCCAGCAUUCAUCAUAACCUCCACAUCAAUGUUUCAGUUGAGGAUUUUGCCACGGCUACCGACGUGGCAGCUUUAUGUGACCUGAUCUCUUCUCAGGUGGGCGGCGGCAUCGCUGAUACGAGCGACCAAGGUGAUGAAGCCAGAGGGCCAGAAGCCGUGUGCGAGAUCCCUAAUCAGACAAGUACGGACUGCCAGAAGACUCUGCUCGAUUUACUCGGUCACUCGCUCGAUGUACCGGUGACAGAGAUUCAGAUGGAUUCCCAACUCGAGGAGCUUGGAGCGGAUUCACUUGUCGCUGCAGAAAUAGUCAGCAGUAUCAACAAAGCGUUUGAUCUAGCUAUAACAUCGGCCGACUUUUCUUCAAUGACCGAUGUGAGGUCUCUUUGUGAGCUCAUUUCCCGCGCCCAGGCUCAUUUGCCAAAAACACCUGCUGUCGUCCAUCUAUCAAAUGUUUCAGAGUGCGCGGGCUCCGAAUCAGCAGCAUAUAUUCCACUAACCCUAAAUGGCCAUACAACCACCAUCACAGGAGACAAGAAGUGUGCCUCCACUGCUGGAGAUACCGAGUCAAUACACACAGCUUUCCAAAGGGUUCGCCGCGGCUUCGACGCCCACGCGAAAGAUGUCAGUUUUACAGGGUACUGGGACCAGGUGUACCCACAGGAACUAAGCUGUGUCACAGCUUUUAUUGUCGAAGCCUUCGAGAAGCUCGGAUGCCCUCUCAGACUCUUCAGCCAUGGCGAGAAGCUUCCUGCCCUAAAUGGAACGCUGCCGAAGUACCACAGAGAAAUAUCUCGACUUUGGGAAAUUCUGGAAGAAGCCGGCGUCGCAGAAAAGGGGAGAGACUUUUACUUGCGAGGUCCUGUGCCUCUUGACGAGCAUACGAAAGGAAAAUCAGCCAAGAAGCUAAGUACUCAACUCAUCACGAGCUUUCCCGACUAUGAAUCCACGCAUGCACUCCCUGAUCUCCUCGGGCCGCACCUGGCAGAGUGCAUCACCGGAAAGGCAGACCCUACCUCUAUCCUGUUUGCCAGUGAUAAGGGCAGCAGACUUCUUGAGGACUUUUAUACCAACGGGCCCAGCCUCAGAGCCGCCACCUACGUGCUUUGCGACUUUCUGUCUGCGGUCAUGGCUUCGAGACCUCCUGACAAAGAACCCUUCCGUGUGCUCGAAAUCGGAGCUGGGUUUGGUGGCACAACCAAGUUUCUCCUACCACUGCUUGAAGGCAGCGGGCGCCCUUUCUCUUACACAUUUACCGACAUUUCAGUGUCACUGCUAGCGCGUGCCAGAACGAAAUACCAGAACAUCGAGGGUAUGGAAUUCCGGAAACUCAACGUCGAGGAAGAUCCUCCCGCGGAGCUCCUGGGACGCUAUGAUAUUGUGGUGUCAAGUAACUGCGUGCACGCAGUGCGCAGCCUGCGGCACAGCUUAGCCAACAUCCGCAAAUUGGUGUCACCCAACAAUGGAUGCGUGGCACUGAUUGAGUCAACGCAAAAGCUGGCCUGGUUCGAACUCGUCUGGGGUUUACUGGAUGGAUGGUGGUUGUUUGGUGACGGCCGCACGUACGCGCUGCAAAGCCCGUGGGCCUGGGAGCACGCUAUGCAGGAUGCCGGAUUUGCGCAUGUCGACUGGUCCGAAGGCGCCAGUCGUGAGUCCCGCACCGUUCGAGUAAUAUGCGGAAUGACGACUGCGCCAGAGACAAAGUGCCCAGCAGAAGCCACCUCGUUGCUCUUACACCGCAGGUUCUCUGCACCCGGGGAACGAAAUCUAUUCCUAAUCCCAGACGGGAUCGGCUCUGGCGCCGUGUUUGGCGCGCUGGGACCGUAUCUCAGUAGCGUCAAGGGCGUCUCUGUCUACGCCCUGAAUAGCCCCUUCAGGCACAGUAAGCCUAGUAUAGAUGAAUUGCUAACCAUCGAGGAGCUCGCCGCCAUCUACGUGGCCGAGAUUAAGCGCCAACAGCCGGAGAGUCCGUACUUGUUGGGCGGGUAUUCUGUUGGCGGAGUGUUGGCCUUUGAGGUCGCGCGACAACUUCUUGAAGACGGCAACGAAAUCGAAAAAUUGUUUUUCAUAGAUACUGCGUGCCCCACGUUUGUGCGUGACUUUCCAGACGCCUUGGUCAACUUUCUGGAUUCCAUCGAGCCGGUAUUCGUGGAGAAGGGGCGCGAAUCUCGAGCAACUCGUCGAGGCCAGCUGUUGGCAAGUGAUCAGUUCCUUCUGGCUCGGCGGCAGAUCCGAAGAUAUCGAGUGUGCAAACUGCCUGGGCGGAAGAUGCCGCAAGUGGUGCUAUUCGCCGCUAAAGAGGGAGUGGAUAAGCAGAAUCAGGUGUCUCGGCCCUCGGUUUCGCUAGAGGACCAAAGGGCGGUGAGCUGGUUCCUCGAUGAUCGCACCGAUGAGGGAUGGUUCGGAUGGGACGCGGUUCUGGACGACGUGAAGAUGGUCCGGGUUGACGGCAAUCAUUUCUCCAUGAUGUCGCCACCGAUGAUCAGUGGAUGGGGGGCGGAGCUUGCUAGGAUGCUGGAUAAUUAGGCUACUCAGACUUUGUU